AUGUCGUAUCCCGUAUAUUACCAGCAGGAGUACACGGCCAGACCGUUCAUGGGCCCCUCGGUGGUGGACAACUCGCAGUUCCAGCAUCCUUCCUACUCGUAUCAGCAAGUCCAACAAGUCCAGCAAGUUCCUCAGCAAAUGCCUCAGCGUGUGUCCCAGCUCGUUGACUAUUACCAGAAUUUCCAAGGACGCAGUCAGGGAAGCACCCAGAUGAAUCAGAGUCAGAUGAACCUGGCCAGUCCAAAUCUGGUGAAGCAGUAUCAACAAGGUCAGGCAAACCUCUUGCCCCAUAUUCACACGGGCUCCACGCCCCAGCCUCAGCCCCAGCAGCAGCUCGAUACGCCGUCGUCACAAGAACCCAAACUCUCGCCUCCAGCGUUUUCGUUGCAAGUGCCUGUUUCGGGCCAGAUUGUGCUGAACUUGGCUGGAAUGGCCCAGCCGCAGCCCAAUUACCAGGGUUUCCAGCAGCAGCAGCAACAACAACAACAACAACAACAACAACAACAGCAACAUCAACAGCAACAACAGAGCGCCAUCUUGAUGCAGCCCGUGGUGCAGCCCGUGGUCCCCAGCAGGUACUCGCCAGGCCUGGUGGCCACCGGGGCCGGGUCGGGAGUAGCGUACCCGCUCAGCCCGAGCCUGGUUUCGGGAGACGUGCAAAGAAGAGACCUGGACGAGCUGCUCAAGGUGCCAGGGACAAGCAUCAACUACAACUCGUUGGUGAGCUACACGGUUUCUCCCGCGAGCAAGCGCCGGCGCCGCUCUGACUAUAAGUCUGUAGGGGCCGACCAGGCGCUGACGAAGCACACGUGCCAGACUUGUGGCAAGACGUUUCCCAAGCCCUACAACUUGAAGCUGCACAUGAAGACACACUCGACAGAGAGACCGUACAAGUGUCUGAUGUGUCCCAAGUCGUUUGCCAGGCUGCACGACCGCAAGAGGCACGAGCACCUCCACCAGGGGGUGAAGAACUUCAAAUGUGAAGGGUUUCUCAAGGACGGCGUGACGAAGUGGGGGUGUGGCAAGACGUUUGCGCGGUCCGAUGCGCUUGCAAGGCACUUUCGAACCGAAACUGGGUGGCUCUGUAUCAAGCCGUUGAUGGACGAGGCCAAGGAGGCCGAGCAGGGCCGGCUCCAAACCGAGCACCCGUCGUACUUCCAGCACUCGAUCGCGCUUCCGCCGUUACAGAGGUAA